GUGUGCGUGUGUGUGUGGAGCUUGUGUGCGUCGCUACUCGUCCCUGUCGUAGCUGGGUAGGCAGCCAUAUUGGCGUGUGAUUUGGUUUGUUUCGACGUUUGUGCGGUUUCCAGUUCGCAGUCGGCGCCGGUCGAAGUCAACCUCCGUCUACGGUUAAGUCGUUCCCAGCUUUUGCGGUUGCCAGUCCGCAGCGAGUCAUCGUGAUCAUUGGAGAGGACCCAUUAAAGGUGUUUCACGCGUCCUGCGACCUGAACCACCCGAUGAACAGCCUCUGAACGUUGUGCCACGGCGGUGAAUACAAACAAGAAGGAUCACUGCCAACGAUAUUGUUAAAAACAUAGCGUUGCCAUUUGAUUGUUGAACUAUCCGUCUUGUUGACUGUUCUUAUUUAUUCAAGUCUCAAAUUUCAUAAUAAUGAUGAACAUGGAAGAGGAAAAUACUGAUGAUCAGCUUGUAACAAUUCAUUUUGAUGAUGAUGUCAACGAUACAUUUAGUAAAUUGCUUUUAACGGAGCAUAGCUCAUACUUUGAAGCUAUGUUUAGUGGAAACUUUUUAGAAUCUCGACCAGACCAAAGAAUACAUAUACAGAAAAUAAGCUAUAGAGGUUUUGUGAUGGUCAUUGAGAGUUUGAAACAAAACAAAAUAAUUGUUGAUGGCUUAGAAGAUUUACUUACUAUACUGGAAGUAUCACAGAUCCUUCAAUUUUCUUUCAUAAUGGCUGAAUCUAUUAAAAUUAUCACUAAAAAUUAUCUGUUUACAAUUUAUGCAUUGGAUAUAUUUUCAAUGGUUUCUAAGCUUGAAAUUAAGAGUCUGUUAGAAAAAUCCCAUGCUUAUAUUUUGUAUAACUUUAAAACAAUUUUGGUUCAGAAUAAAGCUGCUUUCUUGAAACUAAGUGAAGUAGAUUUACAAUCAUUGUUGAAUAACAAUGGUUUAAAUGUUGAUAACGAAAAAGAUGUGUUUGAUUUGAUUAUUAAUUGGUGUUCAGUGAAUGAUAAAUACAAUAUUGAAUAUGAAAUGGUUGUUAGUUGUGUGCGUUUUAAAUCCAUGAAUAAUGAACAAUUGACAGAUUGUAUUUCAAAAACUAAGAAUUUAAAUUUACAAAAUGUCAUGAUACCGUAUCUGGAUUUUACAAAAAAGAAUGAAGACACUAUAGGAGUAUUUAUUAAACCAAUUAGAAAUAUUCCUUUUGGUUUGUGUGCUGUAAAAAAUGAAUUGGAUGGUUAUGCGUUUGUGUAUCGCUGGGAUUGGGCCUCUAUGCAGUUCACAAAGUUUAUUAGAUUGGAUCCAUUGCCUCUUGAUACAACUGGAUAUCAUGUGAUUGUUAAAGACUUAGAUAUUUAUGUGAUGGCUGGAGAAAUUGCAUAUGGAAGAGGAUCGUGGAAUAAGGAAGGAUGGAAGUAUAAUUUACUGACGGAACAGUGGAAGAGAUUGAAAGGUUUUUCUUCAUCUAGUAGGCGCCACGGCGUUGGACAUUUUGUUGGUAAUUGUUUAUACUUAAUGGGAGGUCUUACAAAGCACCGAUUGCCAAAUCGAAAUAUCGAGCUCUUUGAAAUAGUUAAUGAUACACUUGGUAAAGUUCAUAUAAGUUCUUGCAGUUAUUUUCGAAAAAGAGUGGAUAGACAAUUUUAUGUUUGUUUGGAGUAUAAAGGUCACUUAUCCAUAAUAACUAAAGACAAUGAACCAUCAUGGUUUGAUCUAAUUCCUGUUGGAGAAGAGGGAAGUUCUUAUACUUGGAGAAGACGCUCAAUUAAUUUAGAUGAAGUAGUUAUUAGUGCAACUUGCUAUAAUGACAUUAUUUAUGUGCUUAGUUACGACAAAAAGCGUAUGAUUAAUUUACACAGUUACUGCCCAAUGUACGAGUUAACCCGUAAGUUGAAAUCUUUUAAUAUAGCAUAUGAUGAUGCUACUACAAUGUGUGCUUUUAACGUGGAUAAAGCUAUGGUGUUUAAAAAUGAUACCCUUGAAUAUUAUUCUGUGGAUGACGACUUCUUCAUUGAGUAUAAAAUUCAAUUGGAUUCUUUUCACUCUAACUAUUUAUUCAGUGUUCCUAUUUAUAUAAAUAAGACAUUAUAAUUUAAUUUUAGUAAAGUACCUAUUGUAAGUAACUUACAAUAUUUCCUUAUCAUUGUAAGUUUAUAGAUUUUUUUAUGAUACAAACUACUAAGUAAAAAUUGAUAUGUUUUACUAUUUUUUUAAUCAUUAUCGUACAAAUUAAAUUUUACUUUCCGUUAUGAGUUUCAACGCCACUACCAUCAAUUGGGUGUGUUUCUGCGUGCGAUAUUAAUUGUUUUGCUUUUUUUCUGUCAAAAGUAUCAACUAAUCUAUUUACUUGUUAACAUUUCUGAAAACAUAUUUGAGUUUGUAUUGAAAUUUACUUGAUAACGACUGCCUUACAUUUUUAUACUAAUUUUUUCACUUCAAUAUUAUUAACAUUCGAAAAUUCUUCAUGAUUAAAAUUUAAAAAUCUAACUUUGAAGUGUUCAAUUUCUAAAAAGUGGAAGUGGUUUUCAGUGAACUUAAUGACAAAUUAAAUAUAUUUUUUGGAGGUUUAUCCGAUGACUGGGAUAGUCAUACAGGAAUCAGUAGUAUAUCUAUGAUUUUUUGAAGGUCCGUGUCAUUACAACAUAAUUUACUAAUUGACCACCUCUAUCAAUGUUUGUAUAAUAAUUCAUGACCAGAUUUGUAUGAAUUUUAAAUAGUAGAAUAUGCAUGCAAACAUGCUC